AUGUCUAUAUUUGAAAUUCCAUCUUGUCCUGGAAUCUGUCGGCCGAAGGCCAUGCAAUUGAUGAAGAAGUAUGGCGGCAACGUCGUGGGGGUCCUUAGCUCUAAGACAAACUAUGUGAUCCUCGGAGUUGAUUCCGGCUCAAAGAAGCUUGAGAUCAUUAACGAGAACGGUCUCUUCGAAUUGGUUCGAGGACUGCCUGCCAACCGCUUUGAUGGAAAAGCAGCUGAAAAGUACGCGAAACUGCAAUCCGACAAGGUUGAGAUCCGCGCCAUGCCGAAAUUGAUGUUUAUGGCGUAA